CCCCACCCUGUGUGUGUCUCUCUCCCCUGUUUUUUCUUAAUUUUCGCGAAUUUUGUUUUUUCCCUGAAAUUUUGUUCGAAAAUUUUCCCGAGAGAGCUUUCUUCUUUCCGGAGAGAGAUGAAGCUUGUGGAGGAAGAGAUACAGUACGUUGAGAAGGACGAGGAGGAGGAAGUUGUGGUUUGCAGUGGAGAUGAGGAGGAAAACGAUGGUGUAGAAGGCGGAGACAAGGAAGAGGACGGCGGAGAAGAGGACGACGACGGUGACGAAGAGGACGACGACGACGAGGAUGGCGAUGGUGAUGAGGAAGACGACGACGACGACGUGCAGGAGGUUUUUCCCGCUUCCGGUGGACCUGUGGCGGUAGGCGGUGAUAGCGACGACGAUGAGGACGAGGAGGAGGAGGAUGACGCCGAAGGUGACGACGGCGGCGACGACGACGAUGACGACGACGACGACGACGAGGAAGCUGAAGAUGAGGAGGAAUUGGGAACUGAGUACCUCGUCAGGCCUGUGGGUCGUCCCGAGGAUGAGGAAGACGCGAGUGACUUCGAGCCCGAGGAGAAUGGUGAGGAGGAGGAUGUUGAAGAAGAGGACGACGAUGAAGAUGAGGACAAUGCUGGUGGGAAGGUCAAGGCUCCACCCAAGAGGAAGCGGUCUGACAAAGACAACUCCGAUGACGACGACGACGAUGGGGGAGAGGAUGAUGAGAGACCUUCCAAGCGAUAGGCCGAGGGCCCUUCGUGGUCUGAGCAAUGACUUUGACAUAUUUGACUCUCUAUUUUCUCUCUCAAAACCCGAUCCUCUUUGCAGCAGGGAAAAAAGAUAGCAGGUUUUCAAUUGGAGUAAGCUUUUUCUUUUGGGUCGUUUGUAUCCUGAAAGUGCAUUAGGAUUAAGAACACAACUCUUUUGUAUUGUUGAUGCAUAGUCGCAUGGGGUUUCGACAAACUGUGUUGCAAACAGCUGAUUUAGACUUGUGACUCCGUGUAAGUUAGGAGAUUCGGGAAACAUUUCAUUGGACACAGUCAUGUUUUGUAGGUUUUCUAUAAUUUCAGAGUUAUCUGGUUAGGGUCCUUAA